AGAGACAGUGUGGUAUACCGCCUUGCUCACUGUCUUGCUACAACACUGAGGAGUAUCGAGGACUGAGAAGUUCACCAUGACACACAUCAACAGUCCCCCGUUACUGAUGCGACAGCUCUGAACUCAUCCGCCUUCACCAUGUCCGAGUAUCCCGAAGGAGACAGUCCUCUUCUUCAGCUGCAGGAAGUGGACUCAGGCCGGGUGGGAGGUCACAUCCUCUCCCCCAUCUUCAACUCAUCCUCUCCAUCUCUGCCAGUGGAGAAUCACCCCAUCUGCAUCCCAUCGCCCUACACAGACCUUGGCCACGACUUCAGCACUCUGCCCUUUUACAGUCCCGCUCUGCUGGGGUACAGCACAUCGCCUUUAUCGGACUGCUCGUCUGUGCGCCAGUCGCUAAGCCCGACUUUAUUUUGGCCACCUCACAGCCAUGUUUCCUCACUCACAUUGCAACAACAGAGUCGACUUCAACAGAACCAUGCUACUAGUGGGACUUGGACCGAACAUACACCACAUGAUCAUGUUGAAGAGGAAAACAGCAAACCACUGGUAAAGCGGGUAGCAGAUACAGAGGAGACGUCUGUGUCUCUGAGAGGUAAAGCUGACAUGCACUACUGUGCCGUCUGCAGUGAUUACGCCUCUGGAUAUCAUUAUGGAGUGUGGUCGUGUGAAGGCUGCAAAGCCUUUUUCAAGAGGAGUAUACAAGGACACAAUGACUACAUCUGUCCUGCCACAAACCAAUGCACUAUCGACAAGAACCGCCGCAAAAGCUGCCAGGCCUGCCGACUCCGAAAGUGCUAUGAAGUUGGAAUGAUGAAAUGUGGGUUGCGGCGAGAUCGUAGCAGCUACCAACAAAGAGGAGCACAGCAGAAACGACUGGUCCGAUUCUCUGGCAGAAUGAGAAUGACUGGUCCGAGGUCUCAAGAGAUAAAGAGUAUCCCGCGUCCUCUCAGUGGGAAUGAGGUGGUGCGCAUAUCACUGAGCCCAGAGGAGCUCAUCUCCCGGAUCAUGGAAGCAGAGCCGCCGGAGAUUUAUCUCAUGAAAGACAUGAAGAAGCCCUUCACUGAGGCAAACGUCAUGAUGUCACUGACCAACCUGGCUGACAAAGAGCUCGUGCACAUGAUCAGCUGGGCCAAGAAGAUCCCAGGUUUUGUGGAGCUCAGUCUUUUCGAUCAGGUGCAUUUGUUGGAGUGCUGCUGGUUAGAGGUGCUUAUGCUGGGAUUGAUGUGGCGCUCCGUUAAUCACCCUGGAAAGCUCAUUUUCUCUCCAGACCUCUGUCUCAGCAGGGAUGAAAGCAGCUGUGUGCAGGGGUUGGUGGAGAUCUUUGAUAUGCUGCUGGCAGCCACGUCCAGAUUCAGAGAGUUGAAGUUACAGAGAGAAGAGUACGUGUGUCUCAAAGCCAUGAUCCUCCUGAACUCCAACAUGUGUCUGGGCUCGUCUGAGGGAGGAGAAGAUCUGCAGAGCCGCUCCAAGCUGCUGUGUCUGCUGGACUCGGUGACUGACGCUCUGGUUUGGGCCAUCUCGAAGACCGGCCUUAGCUUCCAGCAGCGCUCCACCAGACUGGCCCAUCUGCUCAUGCUGCUCUCACACAUACGCCACGUCAGUAACAAAGGCAUGGACCACCUGCACUGCAUGAAGAUGAAGAAGAUGGUUCCUCUGUAUGACCUGCUCCUGGAGAUGCUGGACGCUCACAUCAUGCACAGCUCCCGUUUGUCUCACUCCGGCCCUCGAGCCCCUGCUGCUCACAAAGACAACAAGAGUGUCCAGGAGGCCUUUCCCUGCAGCUCACAGCACGGACCCUAAACACGGCCCUCACAGUCACACGAACACAGUACUUAAGGAUGAUCUGUAGUUUCGGGAGGAUGGACAACCAAAACACCCACAUAAAAGCAAGGAGUAGGAUUUCACAAGACGAAAAGCAUCAUGGAUAUCUUGAAUGUUUUUCCUGUUUUUAAAUGUUGGCAAUUGCUGUGAAAUCUCUUUAUUGUUUCCACACAACUCUGACAACUUUUUUAUGAUUUUAUGUAGCACAACUGCAAAAGAAAAGAAAAAAAGAAAUGAAUACCCACAUUGGAUUUCAAGAGAUUUUUGGAAACUUCAUUACACGGUGAACUAUAAUUUCUGGCAUUAUAUGCAUAAUGGAGGCCAUCUAGUAGGAGAAAACCAAGUAAACCAAUCAUGCCCACCUUCUUUUUUAAAAGAACCAGUUCAAACUCAAUUGAGAGAGUGCAUUGGUGCCAUGACCCGGAUGACAGUAGGUUUUAUUAAAUCUGUCAUCUCUGGCCUUGAGAGACUGUGGCCUUUAGCAUUAGCCUUGUUAGCAGCCUGCCUCUCAAGUACUCACCAGUUCAGAUCCCGCUGUAAGUAGGACGGGGUUAUAAUGUCCAUGAAAGUUUUGGCCUCAUUUUCAUGACAUCCGUGACAACAUGGACAAGAGCAGUGUGCGAUCUCUACUUUUUCUCUUUCUUACAUAAGCUUGCUGCUUUCACAUUUUGUAAAAUGAAACAAAAUAUCGUAAACUCAUUACUUUCGACAAUACUGGCAGUAAAAUCAAAUUUGAUUUAGUCUGUUGUAAAUGGACAGAAUCAUUCCUGAUAGAUGAGACAAAGCAUUGUAUGCUGAGUGAGCAAACCAUAUUCUGGACUAAGGGCAAGCAGUAUUUUAGACUUACAAAACAAAAAACCUGAAUGAUUGAAUGAAUGUCAGCUGGAUGUUUCAUUUACAUCUGUUGUUAUUGAGAAAUGGAACCAUUGCAAAAUGGCCUCGUGCACAUUUUAGUGAUUAAUUCUUUUUUGCAAACAAACAUUUAUGUACAGGAGUGACAGCCGCAUUUUACAGCCAUCGCCGUGACCAUAUCUUGAACAUUGGAGGGUUUGUGUUAGAAAUUAUAAAGUAGGACAUUUCAGGCCUAAUUCUAGUGGAAAGGUAUUUGCAAAAAAAAAUUACAAAAUCAAUUUGUAAACCUAAUAUGUUUCACAUUCAGUUAGAAAAGACUAAUUAGGUAACAUCUCAGCUCACAAUGAUGAAAUCUGAGUUAAAAAGCAUCAUUACUGCUGGCUAUUGAAUAUUUCUACCAUAAAACCAUUCGUAUAACA